AUGACAAAGGUUAAAGCUAAUCUUUCUCGAGCAGCUCUUGCUAUUAUGCCAACAUGUGUAGAUUUCAAUAUUCCAUCCCGUUAUCGAAAAACAACUAAUGGACAGCAAUAUUUACUUGCUGAUCAAAUUGAGCCCGUUGGUGUAAAACUUCAAAAAAUAAUUAAUUAUCUUUUCCACCGACCAUCAACUUCAUUCUGUCUUUAA